AUGCACGUCGAGCAGCUGCGGAAAAAGAAGGCUGAAGCACAAAGUCGUUUGCUGUCGAGAAAGCGCAAAUUGUCCGAACUCUUCUCCAUCACCGCGUACCAACUAGCCCUCGACGAGCCCAACUAUAAACAGCAACUCCAGGCUUUCCACGAUGCAAAUAAUCUGGAACGAGGUCGAUUGUUCGACGAGUUCACACUCCCAUCUCGAUCACCCAUAGUUGUUCAAACACGCAAGAACAAGCCCUUACCGCAGUCUCCCUCUACACUACGGCCUAGCGAUGGCACCCAGAAAUCAUCAGUCGUCCACAAUUCCGACGCGUCGCCGUCGCCUGUCCCGAUUAAUUCGACCAAGUCAGAAUCACCCAGCCGUCAAACGCCUCUGCGAGCCGUCGUCGACGAACAAAACAACAAGAACGCACCAGUCAAGCCUGUGGAUCCAACUCGUGGUACGGAUGUCGAGACACCGACUGACAUAGACCCAGUUGCGCUGGAUGUCGAACCAGAUGCUGUUUCGAAGGACUCAAACGUUAGCCAUCCCCCAAAGUCUCCAGUCAUUUCGACCGAGAAUGCCGUGACGAAAGAGAGCACUGGAGUCAGUACAGGAGGAGCUGCAGACCCUCUGAACAGUGUUUCCUUGGGAGAAGACGCCCUCACCUCCGAUCAUAGUGGCUCGGUUGAAUUACCGGCUGUCCAUAUUCAGGCACCCGGAGCGCCCGCUAUAGAUGCUCAAUCUUCUCCAGCUUCUACCAAUGGAGUCGACUCUUCCAAUACUCCGGCCCCAACUGCUGGCUCACCAGGCACGAGUCCCAGUGUAGAUUUACCACUGAUAUCGCAGAACUCUGCCACCGGACACAAACCGCCGGAUGAGUAUCACGCGGACUCAGCAUCUCAAGAGGCUCCAAACAUGUCACCCAAGCAAAUAAAUAAUGAACCAAAACAGCCUGCAGAUGUCGAUAUGACUAGAAAUCAAUCAUCUAACAUGGAAGCGCCAACGUCCAUCCACUCCAACCAACAGUUCCAAAUGACGAAAUCGUCGACAACACCGAAGCCAACCAUGCGCAUCGACACACAGAUAGGUAUAGAUUCAUAUUCUAAGCCUACCUCUAGUUCAGCUGUUGUCGAGAGUCCGGCGCCAAUUUCCACGGCUGCCACACCUAGGCGAAAUGCGGCGACAACACCUUCCACACAGGAACCGCCAAAGAGAGCGACAAGAAUAUCGUCUGGCGUCCUACAGAAGAAGUCGGUGUCCGAGAUACUAGGAGAAACUCCCAAGCCAUCAACGCCACAAGGCGAAUCCCCCUCAUCUCCAGCGGCAUCUCUGCAAGGCCAAACAGCUGAUCGUGAUCGUCGAGAAAGGGAAAGAAGUCGACUGUCCACAGUCGUCUUCGCUAAACCGCAGAAACCUCUCAAUGGCGAGCAGAGCCUGGAGCUAGCAAGGCUUGAUGGUCGUGUUGAUCAAAAGGCAAAUCCUGGAGAAAGAGACUACCUCUACACGCUAUUCGAGAACAAGGCGCAUUCCAUGUCACGCCAAACCUCGAUGUCUUAUCUGAUUCAAAACGCCCAUAAGACCUUGUCUACCUCGGAUCACCUGAUUGAGUACGAGCUUUCUGCAGAAUGUAGAAUCUUAAAGCGGCUCUACCAACUGCAAGAAAAGCAACGCUGGGCGCUGAGGCAAUACAAGCGAGCGGAUGAGGCCCCAAGGCCAACAUCACAUUGGGAUUUCCUGCUCGAUCACGUUAAGUGGCUCAGGACGGACUUCCGAGAGGAGCGAAAAUGGAAGAUGGUAGCAGCUAAGGAUCUGGCUGAUUGCUGUGCAGAAUGGGUCUCGAGCACUGUAGAGGAGCGAAAGCGCUUACAAGUGAGAACUCGAUCUCCGAGGUUCCUUCCAAAACGAUCUGAAGAAGAUCUCGUCAUGGAGAAUGGCGCAGGCCAGACCAUCUCCUCCCAACCAACGCCAGAAUUGAUGCCAUCUAGUGAGGACGAUUCUAUGAGUGAUGACAUUGCCGAUCCCCGCGAGAUACAGCUCGCAAGUGCUCCUGCUGCUAUCUUCUCUCUGGGCCCAUCCGAAUUUGCCUUUGCGGUUGACAAAACCCCGGCGUUUGAGCAACUCUUAAAUGAGCUACCUCUGUACGAGCCUACAGCUGUUGAGCCUGGUCUGUCCAAAUCGAAUCUUGCCGAACGGCUAGAUUCCAAAUGGAGGACAGACAUUGUACCAGUAUCGCGAUGGGCGACAGAAAAGCUACCCAUCAAGGACUACAAGCCCCCGAGAAAGCGGAGCCGGUACGAAUACGAACUUGAGCCUCCGACAAAGAAGAAGUCCCCACUUCUGCCUCCAGAGGAGAGCAAUGUUGCACUUUUCAUGCCUGAGAACAAGAGUAUUCGCGACAGGAUCCAUCCUGGGCAUUCCUUCCGACCUCCAUCAGAACACCCAAUGCCAAGCCAGGCCUUUUUUGAGACCAGAUCAUCGUCUCAAUGGACACACUCUGAGGAUGAUGAGCUCCGAAAGCUGGUCAAAGAGUAUUCCUACAACUGGUCCCUCAUAUCAAGCUGCCUGCAUCCUCGAACCUCGUAUACUUCAGGAGCUGACCGUAGAACACCAUGGGAAUGUUUUGAACGAUGGAUCGGACUCGAAGGCCUACCGGCCGACAUGUCCAAGACCGCGUACUUCAAGACCUAUUCUGGCAGAAUCGAGGCGGCCGGGAGGCAUGUUGCUGCGCAGAUUGAGGAAGCUCAGCGGAGGGCUGGGGCCAAUGUCCAAAUCUCGAACCGCAAAAGAACCACGCAGCCAGUACGUGUCGAGCGCAAGAGAACCCAACGUCACCUGGCCAUGCUGGAUGCCAUGCGGAAGCUUGCGAAGAAGCGCGAAACAACUAUCCAGAAGCAACAGCAUCAAGCUGAUUUGGCCGCCAUGCGCAAAGUCAAUGAUGCAAACGUUCCAAAGCCUACUUAUAAAACUCCUGCCGAAUUUUCGCAACUCAAACAAGAACGUGAACAAAAGAUGGCUGAACGACAAGAAAUAUAUCGACAACAACUCAUAGCACAUCAGCGAGCUACGGCACAGCAGCAACGUGGACAAAAUGCUCAGCCGAAUGGUAUACCAAACGGUAUGCCUCAAGGUGGAAUGGGUAUUCGAGGGCCCCCGUCUGCUGGUGGAAUGCCUGGAAUGCCAAAUGGGAAUUUGCAAGUUCCCAAUGGGCAGCCUCGUCCUCAUCCGGGUAUGAUGGCGAUGCAAAACAACAUGCCUAUGCCAGCAGGCAUGAUGGGUCCGAAGGGUAUGACUCCACAGAUGCAAGCUCAAAUGCAGGCGCAGAUGGCUGCUCGGGGCCAGGCAACUUCUCCUCAGCAAAUGCGUAUGCUGCAAGAAGCCUCCAGGGUCCAACAGGAACAACUGAUGAGACAAGCCCAGCAAGCCCAAAAUGGAGCCCAUUCGUCGCCAAGUGGUCCACAUGCUACUCUUGCUAACGGCAAAGGCAUGAAUAAUCCCGCCUACAUGGUAGCAAUGGCCGGUGCAAAUGGCGUCCCUUCUCCUUCUGGCCCAAUAAGUGGUAAUGUUGCCUCACCUCGUCCGCCGUCUUCUGGUCAAGCAUUGUCGAGUGGUCACAUUCCUGUCCUAACUCAGGUCGCCAACAAGAUCCGGGAGCACCAUCCAAAUCUUCCAGAAGAGGAUAUUCAACGGCUUGCAUCCCAGCAGAUCUCCUCCUACCAACAGCAAGCAACCGCAGCAGCCGCUGGUCAAACUCUCAAGCGCCCGCCACACAAUCAAGCUGCUCUGAAUGCUGCUAUUGGAGCCGUUAAUGCAGGGAAUCAUGCUUCUAACGCCGCCGCCGCCGCUGCCGCCGCCGCUCAAUAUGGGCAUCCAGGUAUGAUGACCAACGAACAAGUACAACAGUACAACCAACGCCUGAGAAUGCAACAAGCUCAACAGAAUGCGGCACGAAGCAUGCAAGGACAAAUGCAACCAGGAAUGAUGGGCGGAAUGCCGAAUGGCAUGUCGAAUUCACCAGUGAUGAAUAUCGCAAGGCCAGUGAGUCAGCAUACAAACCAAGGUCAAAUGAGCCGAAGUGCGACUCCAAGAGAUCAAAGAUCUGGGAGCCAAAGCAACGUCAAUGGCAAUGGAGCAGGUCCGCAAAGCAGCCCGAGGCAAGCACAACCAACCAUGCAGACAUGA